AGCUGGCACCUAAUAGUGGCCCGGGCCGCACGGCGGCCGGACCGUCGUCACACAAGUUCAACGUUCAACUCUUCAACUUGUCAACUGCUCAGAAGUUUCCCAUCGUUCCUUCUGAAAAAUCUGGACCCAAUCUGGACCACAUGAUGCCACCAAUUCCUGCUAUUCAUAUCGCUAGGCCUCAUGUGCAAGAUAGACGUGUGGCCAUGGGACGUCAAAUUGAAUGGCCAGCCGUCCAUUCACCACAUAAAUCCACUCUUUUCCAGCCGUCUAAAGUAACUCUCAAUUAUUCAUCGCAAUGCCUUGGGAGUCGAUCAAGCUGAAUUCUGGAUAUUACAUUCCAAGUAUCGGAUUCGGUACUUGGACGCUGGGUAAUGGCCAAGGACCUAUCGACCAGGUUGAACAAGCUCUGGAAAAUGGAUACAACCAUAUCGACACUGCGCAGUCCUACAGGAACGAAGGAGAAACCGGCGCUGCUUUAAAAGAAAGUGGACUUUCUCGCGCAGAUGUCUUUGUGACAACCAAAUACUCUGGUACAAACAGUCUUGACAUCCCGACUUCUAUCAAGAACAGCUUGAACAGUCUUGGGGUAUCAUAUGUCGACCUUUAUCUGGUCCACUCCCCUCGCCUAGCAGUACCUGACAUCCCCACAUGUUGGGCGCAAAUGGAGAAGGUCAAGGAAGAUGGGCUUGCUAAGAGCAUCGGUAUCAGCAACUUUGGCGUCCAGGACAUGGAGAUUUUGAUGGCAUCUGCGAAAGUUAAGCCUGCGGUCAACCAGAUUCUCCUUCACCCAUAUGUCUACCGACAACAAAAACCUAUCCUUGAUUAUGCCGCAGCGAAUGGAAUCAUUAUCGAGGCCUACAGCGCGUUGAUCCCCAUCACAAAGUUACCCGGCGGACCUUUGGACAAACCUUUGAACGAUAUCGCCGCAAAGUUUGGUGCGACAACUGAGCAAAUCCUUCUGGCUUGGACCAAAGCCAAGGGGGCCGUCGUAGUCACCACAAGCUCAAAAAGGACGCGCCUGCAAGGCUAUAUCGCGGCAGGUGAUAUAGCUUUGUCUCCAGAGGACAUCGCUGCCAUUGACGCUGCGGGCGCUUUGGGCGAGAAGAAAGCAAACAUGAAGACUAUGAUGAAAAGGGUUGUCGUAGGUGCAAUCGCUUGUACCGCAGUCUUUGGUGCAUGCAACUUCCUCGGCAUCAGCAUGAUGUAAAGUGAUCGUUAGCCUUUGACAAAUGCUCAAAUGUCUCUAGUACUGGUUCAUCAUUCCGCCAAUCCAGCACAAAUGUUGUUCCAUGCUGUGUAACUACUCAAAUACAACCAUUUCCCAGAAGUU